AAAUUCUGUGGAAACGAUGCGCUUCUUCUUCUUGGUCUUCUACUCACACUGAUAUAGUCUAAACCCCUUAAUUCUCAGCUAAAUCUUUUUUCACCUAUCAUCAAUGGCGGAGAUUUCGGUUCUGGGUUUAACAACUCUCGUCGUCUUCUCAUGGGCUGUAUCAAUCUGUACUUCUCUCCAAGAUUCUGGGUCUGACGACAAUAAUGGAAGCUUUUUCACGGUCUCGAGCUUCAGAUACCCAAAAUCUGAAGUCAGGCCCUACGAUACUCGUUACAUCAGAGUUGAUUUGCCUCCAUGGUUCUCAUCUUUGAAUCUAGCUUUGGAAUCUGAUGUUGACAUCACUGCAAAGAGCAUUUCGAAGAUUUCGAAAAGUCUCCUUCCUGUGAUAUGCUUCAGAGACGGUAGUCCUCCUCUGCCUGAUGCCUCAACCAAUGCUCUGAAAGGUUUAGAGCUAGGACGGCUAUUCAAUGGAUCUUUUGAAGGAGCUCAAGAUAUUGAUAUUGCGCAACAGUGUUACCCUAUGCAGAAGAAUAUGUCCUUGAGGUUGACCAAUGAACAGAUAUCUCCUGGAGCUUGGUAUGUUGGUCUUUUUAACGGAAUUGGUGUUACUAGGACGCAGGGGAAAAUGAUCGUUCGCUCCUCGGCCUUUUCAUUUAGUGCCAACAUUAGUGUUGAAGGUUGUAAAACCGCUACCAUGUGGGGGCCUUCUUGCAACCAGACUAUUUAUGCGCUUUCAUGUUCACGGUUCGAUAACCAGGCAGCAAGUGUUGUUUCUUGCUCAGAUUCUAUUCCUAGUUCUUGUCUGACUAGUGUUGAAACGAAGACAUAUGCUUUAGAUGUAGAUGAAAUAGCGGAACAAUUAGUUAUUAUGGCAUCCAAUUUGAAAGUAGAUUCCAAUGAAACUUAUCUCAUGUGUUACGCCCGUUUUGGAGCUAUUGCCUCAGAGACUCUACAUGAUUACGCUGGUAAUAUACACAAACUUCCUUUGGUUAUCAACAAACCGAAAGCUGGUCGAUGGUAUAUCGUUGCUAGUUUUCCCGGAAGGGAGAAUAGACUUUUACAGGGCACAAAUUCCAGUUCUAAGGUCUGCUUUUCGAUGAAUGUUAAAGUGCUGGGAUGUCCCAUGGGAAAAGCAGGACCAAAUUGUGGGCAGCAAAUCCACAUGCUUCAGGCAGUAAUGAGGAGAGGAUCGUUGACACCAUUUGAAUCAUAUUAUUUGCCGGUCAAUGAUGCUUUACCUUCAGGCUCGAGCACAGCUUUCCCCCUUGAACCCUUUUCCAGCAACGUUUCCUCUCAUCCAGAAUUAGACACAAGCACGUGGACUUAUUUUCUCAUGAACAUCCCUCAAGGAGGUGCUGGUGGGCAUAUCCACUUCAGACUAACAUCAGAUUCCACGAUACAGUAUGAAGUAUAUCUUAGGUUUGGGGGAUUGCCCACUGCUGAUGACCGGGAUUAUUAUUAUGUGAAUCGAACAAGUUCCAGCCGCUCAAUGUUCUUCUCACUGUAUAAUUCUAGCCAAGAAAAAGUUGAUUUCUACAUCUUGUAUGCUCGAGAAGGAACAUGGUCAUUCGGGUUAAGGCGGCUCAGUGACUCUACUGCUCCUGAAGGUCAACCUACUCUUGUAUCUCUUUCUCUUGAAAGAUGCCCGAGAAGGUGCUCGUCUCAUGGGAAUUGUCGAUAUGCUUUUGACGCUAGUGGAUUGACAUCCUACAGCUUUUGCGCUUGUGACCGAACCCAUGGAGGCUUUGACUGUGGCAUUGAAAUUGUGUCACACCAAGGACAUAUCAUUCAGUCUGUUGCUCUCAUAGCAUCAAAUGCAGCGGCUCUUUUGCCAGCUUACUGGGCUCUUCGGCAGCGAGAGUAUUCAGAGUGGGUUCUGUUCACGUCUAGCGGAAUCUCGAGCGCUCUGUAUCAUGCAUGUGAUGUAGGCACUUGGUGUGUGUUAACUUACAAUGUGUUACAGUUCAUGGAUUUCUGGCUCUCUUUCAUGGCGGUUAUUGGUACUUUUGUGUACUUAUCCACGGCUGAUGAAGCAAUUAAGAGGACAAUACACACAGUCGUUGCCAUCCUCACAGCUUUAUUGGCCUUAACUAAGGCAACAAGGGCGUCAAAUAUUAUCAUUGUAUUAGCAAUCGGGUCACUUGGUCUACUCAUUGGGUUUUUGGUAGAAUUUGUUACAAAGUAUAGAUCAUAUUGCGGAUCAUCUGGAUUUUCAUUGAACAUGCUCGACAGGCCACGGGCAGUCAAAGAAUGGUUUAGUAAUUUAAUCAAGACGCUCAAGAAACGGUUUCGUUGGGGCUUUGUGGCGGCUGGUCUUGUAGCCUUUACCAUGGCAGCCAUAAGUUUCAAAGUGGAAACCAGUUCAAGCUACUGGAUUUGGCACAGUAUUUGGCAUUUCACCAUUUACACAUCGUCCUUCUUCUUCCUCUGUUCGAAGAUUCCAAUUGUAAAUAACGAGAACCAAACCCACCCCGGAGGUGACAACUACGAGUUAACAAGGCAAGACUCGCUACCAAGAAACUAAGCAUAAAGAUAGAGGCUUUUUACCAAACUCUUGAUGUGCCUUCUCUUAUAUCUAUACCUAGUACCAACCAAAGAAGUGUUAGAACAACAUGAUAAUGUGUAAAUAUUCAGGGGUUUUUUCUCUCUCACUUGGAUUCUUUCAUGGCAUCCGGACCUCACUGCCAACUCUUUUGUCUGUAUUCUUGUAUGUUUGUGUACACAUAGUGACAGGAAAAUACCACUGGAAUUGUUGUCCAGUUGAACCAUUUGUAUUAAUUCCAGGCAAUCUUUUGGUACGAUGAGAGGCUUUGGCA